UCAUGAUAUAAUACUAUGCGUGAAACGGAACGCACCUACAAAGUAUCGAGAUUCUUAGAGAUUACUGAAUUUAUAUUCCGCUAUCGUAUCUUAAGAUUCAACAUGAGUGAUGAGGAUGAGUCUCUACUUACAGAAAAUAAAGCUCAUGAACAAAUAAGAGAGGAAUUGAAACAUAUGAGUUUUGAGAAUUUACAGAAGUUAAAGGAGAAAUUAGGAACCAAAGUGUACAAUGAAACUCUGUUUGGUAAGAAAAAUAAGAAAAAAGCAGAGAAAAUAAAGUUUAGACGGGAAAAUAAGAACAGGCCACGGGAAAUGUCUGCUAAAAAGCCAAUUCCAAUCAAAUAUGAAGAGAUGACACGAGUUAAGAAAGUUGUAUCUCGAGAUCCUAGAUUUGAUAGCUUAUGUGGUACAUUUAAUGAAAAGGCCUUUAAGAAUUCUUAUGCAUUUAUUAACAAACUACGGGAAAAUGAUCUCAAAACUUUGCAAAAAGAACUGAAAGAAACUACAGAUCUCAAAGCCAUAAAGAAGAUAAAAUAUCUCAUUCAGAGGCUUGAAAAUCAAUUACGAGAGGAAAGAAAAAAGAAGGAAAAAGAAGAAAAAAAAUGGCUUGAGAAGAAGGAACUGAUGGAAUCUGUUAAACGAGGAGAGAAGCCUGCCUUCAAGAAAAAAUCUGAGAAGAAAGUCUUGGACUUAGUUUCACAGUAUGAAGAAUUAAAAAAUACAGGAAAACUGAAGAAGCAUAUUCAGAGACUGCGGAAGAAGAAUAAACACAAAGAUAGAACAAAAUUGAGAGUGGAAGAAACAGAGUGAAAUAUAUCGCUCAUUUGUUACAAUGACACAACUCAAAAAAUAAAGUCCUCUUCAGAAAAUGAGUUUGAAUGAGCUUUGAAUUAUUAAAAUUUUGUAAUAUUAAUUUUGAAAUGCAAUUUUGAUUGAUUAUAAAAGAAUAAAAGUAUAUACUUUAAAGUAUGUUUUUUUAUUAUUUCCAUUCUUUUUUGGCAAACAACUAAAAAGUGAUAUUUUAGCGAAUGAGCGAUAUGUAUAUAUGUAUAUAUGCAUAUUUAUAUAAAAGAAAUGUAAAUGUUUGCAUGUGAAUUUUGUGUAAUCAAGUUGAAUUAUCGAUGAAAUACUAUUAAAAACAACUAGACGUGUAAA